CCAGCGGGGCGGCGGUAGGUGGAACGGAGCGGGGUCAGCAUGGACGAGGACUUGUCGACCACCCUCAAGAUCCUCGUCCUCGGCGAGGGUGGCGUGGGGAAGUCGAGCUUGCUCUUGAGGUUCACAGAUGAUACUUUUGAUCCAGAACUUGCAGCAACAAUAGGUGUUGACUUUCAAGUGAAAACAAUCCCAGUGGAUGGAAAGAAGGCCAAACUUGCAAUAUGGGAUACUGCAGGUCAAGAGAUUCAGAACAUGAACUCCCAGCUAUGACAGAGGUGCACAGGUUGUAAUAUUAGUUUGUGAUGUCACAAGGAGAGACACUUUUGUUAAACUGGAUAAUUGGUUAAAUGAAUUGGAAACAUACUGCACGAGAAAUGACAUAGUAAACAUGCUAGUUGGAAAUAAAAGUGACAAGGAAAAUC